AAUAACAGCAAAUAUUGCAUUUUAUUAUCAGUAUUCCAAUUUAGUUCGAUUUUAGGGAAACACAAAAUGAGAUUCAAUUUAAAGGAUAUACUUAACACCGAACUUUAUCCGUUACAUGAGCCUGAAGGGCCAGCUUACGAAGAACUAGUUAAACAUUCAAGGAACCUCUUUCUUGCUGAAGGUUCGGUAACCCUUCAAGAUUUUUUACGCCCAGAGGCUGUGACAGCAGCUGUAGCUAACAUCGAUGUAAACAUGACAAAUGCUUGGAAUACGGACGGAGAGCAUAAUAUUUUCCUGGACACAGGAGAUCCGGAAUACCUUGAGAAUCACAUCAGAAAUCAGCGUUUUCAUACCAAGGUUUCAUCUUUAGCUUACGAUAUGCUAGAUCCAGAGGGCCCUUUAUCAACAUUGUAUCGUGACGAUAAUUUCCGUGAAUUUCUCCGCUUGGUGCUUGGCGUAGAUAAACUCUUUAGACUGGAAGACCCUCUUGGAGCUCUAUCUGUCAAUAUAUUCCAACCGGGAGAUAGGCAUAGCUGGCAUUUUGAUCAAUCAAGUCAUUCUGUUACAAUAAUGCUGCAAAAACCUGAUGCUGGCGGACAUUUCAGGAAAACAGGCCAAAUUAGACGAACCAGGCAUGAUAAGAGUGAAGAAUUAUUCUCAGUAUUGAAUGAAGUAAUCCAGAAUGAAAAUGAGCAAGAUAUGGAGAAGAAUAAAGAACACGAAGAAACAAAUUCUAAAUCUGUGAAAACUUUAAAGUUUGAUCCCGGAACUCUGAGUAUAUUUAGCGGAUCUACCUCUCUUCAUAAGGUUACUUGUGUACACGGAACCAGGAGUAGGCAAGUUGCAGUCUUAUGCUACGCAACGCGUCAGGGUAAAAAAAACUCACCAGAAGUUCAAAAGCUAUUUUGGGGGAGGGUUAAGUAAUAUGUUUUAAAUAAUCCUUUUGUGUAAUAUGCAGUCAAGAGUUUGGGAAAAUAUACGUAAACAAGUACUGUAA